CCUUUUUGCCUUCAGGUUACACGAGAUCGUCGUCCGUUCCUCCGGCGCACCAAGCCAACCCGGGCACCGGAGACCAGCACAGAACCCAUCGAGACCACCACGAGGAACCUCACGCGCGGACCCAACAGGUUCAGGAACCGGGUACAGAGCACAACCGCGCGCACCGACCGACCGACGAGAACUUACCUGAGACGGCGAACGGGCUCGAGCGCCACAACCGCUGUCAACACCACAUCGUCUGCCACCACAUCAUCUACGUCGGCCUCCCUGACGUCACGUCGUACGCUAUUCGUCAACCGCCGUCGCCCUGGUGUCACCACACUAUCGCCAACAACUACAGAACCUCUGCCCAAUGAGCCGACAGUCAAGACCACCACAUUGUCCCCGACCGCCUUCAUUGAGAGCGAGGAGGUCUUGCAGGAGAUUGGGGAAAUUGAUUACCUGGAAGACUCUACACAAGUAACUACAGAUUUACCGAGAACAACAGAAUAUGUCCAGAGACGACGUCCGCUAGUACAGCUGCAGAUUAAGACGGAGGACCAGAAUCAAGCAGCAACAACUGAGGAAGAAAAGAAGAGGCAGAGCAAGAAGUAUAGUUCCAGCUUUAAGCAGAAUGAACUGAACGAGAUAAUAAGGCAAAGAACUAGCGGAGAAGUUGUAGAUAUUGUCAAAGAAGGAAAAACUAACACCGAGAGUUAUACUUCCGAAACAGCUGCAGCAGUAGCACUAGCAGCCCAUCAACUUAUAGCAGCUCCAGUACCUGUGACCAUCGACUACGAAGAAGACGCACAAACUACCAACGAACCGUACAAAUAUACGACCGCCUAUACUAUAACGCAACAAAUGCCUUUAUCGUAUGAAUUUAAUGCCACCGAAAUACGUGGUCCAGCAAAAUACUCAUCAGGAACCAACCAAGAAUCUGUUACGAGCUUCCAGGAUAAUGCAACUGGACAAUCAAUUUCUUCUGCAAGACCUACUUCAUAUAAAAUAAGGACCAAAGGACGACGACCAACAAAAUUCUCAGGAGGCUACAGAAAUAAAGUAACCAAUGUUGAAAGUGAUGCAGAUGUAAUUUCGACACUACAACCAACCACGUAUGAAUCGCAAACCACAGAUAUCAGGGGCGAAACAAAAUAUUCCACUGCAGAAUACAGAGACAGCGCUACUCGCUUUGAAAGUACUGCAGAUGGUAUUUCAACUAUACAACCCACGAUGUCUACCUAUGAAAUUAAAACAAGAGGUCCAGGAAACUAUUGGACUGGACAAUAUAGAAGCAGGACUUCUUCUAGCCUCCAAACUGAUGAAGAUAGUGUUUCGACCGUACAGCCAACUACCUACGAAGCUGAUACUACAGAUAUAAGAGGGUCAUCAAGAUACAGCGCCGAGGAAUACAGAGGAAGAGUAUCUGAAGUACGAACUAACACAGAUAUACCGUUCGUUUCUACAAUACAAUCAUAUGAGUCUGAUACUUCUGACACUAGAGGACCUUUAAGGUACAGUACAGUUAAUGCGUAUGCAGAUGGAACCUAUAAUGAAAACACAGAUAGUGACGUUAUCAGUAAUCGUAUAUCAACGACUUAUACACCUGAAAUUGUUAACAGUCGGAUUCCAACAAGAUUUACAACUGCUAACGCGUAUAGAGGAUCUACCGUUCAAACAGACACAGAAAUACCGUCAACAGUUUCUACAAUCACAGAAUACUCCUUUGAUUCUACUCUUGGCAAAUCAGCAUCGAGAACUUCGCAAACAGGAUACGGAGGUAAAUAUUCUAGUGAAGCAGAAAUAUCUGAAAGUACAUCAGGCAGGACCGAUGUUAGACAACCAACGAGACUCAUCACAGGCUCUUAUUCUGGACGAGGAACUAGACCAACCAUUGCAUCCGAAUCUAUCGAUAGCCUGACCGUUAGCGGCGGCUCAUCGGAAGCGACACAGGAAAGAGGAGCAGGAAAGUACUACGUUACUUCAGGUAUUACCGACAUAAGAGAGCCAGCACAAUUUUCGUCGUCACUCGACCUUAGAGGAUCGGCAAGAUUUGCUGGAAGUGAAACACUCACAGGCAGGACUAUACGUCCAGGAUUCCUGCCACAAAACACAAUAGAUCCUAUUUUGUCUGGAAUUACAAUUAACAUUGGCGCUCAAAAGGGUGAUUCAACAGCCAGAUACAAUUCUGCUACGGACGGAUCUGCUACAACAUUACCCUCUAGUGAGUAUGAAUCCAGGAAAUCUAGUCAAUUGGUAACUAGUGUGAGCUCUGGCGAUGAACUUUCAACAAACAUCGGCGAAUCUACAGCGACCACCGCCAGCCCUUCCACAGUCAAAUCUGCUAGGCCCACAGGUUUCACACCCAGUCUACUCAACCUCGGCGAUAUAGCUGAAGAGAAAUCCUCGUUAAAGUAUCAGAUAAACCAGAAAUCUAACAGCUACCAAAGUAACGAAAGAGGUCCAUCGACUGCGAGAUACGAGGAAAAUGAGAAGAUCCCAGUUCCCGUCAUAUACGCGUAUUCCUCGUCCGGAUCAUCCAGCAGCCAGAGCUCGAGCGCGGAGCCUUCAUACUUCACCAGGGAAUACCUUCUGGAGUCGCCAGUUACGAAGACAUACGAGGAGGAAUACCAAUAUCUAUCCCCAGUGACAAUACCGAGUACCACGGGCAGAAAAUCUAUCAGGAGGAAGAUAUACCGGAAAUAUAACGCACAGAAACCGGUCGAGAACGUAUCGACGACCACAACUACUGAAGCUCCCUCCCCAUCCACGGAGGCGCCGACACCAAAACGGCGAACGACCACAGUGAAACCUUUCCAGAAGUUAACAGUUCGCAGGGUGCCGCUACAGUCCGUGCAGAAGAUCACGCUGAGCAAGAAGGAGAUAGAGGAAGCGAAACAGAAGUUCAAGCCAGCCAAGGAUUACGACUACUACGAUGAUAACCACGAGAAGAUCGCCAAAUACGACGGCACCAAAGUUAUCGUUAGAGGAGAAGGUAACAUCCAAUGUUUGGACAUCGGUAACUUCCCCCAUCCGACCUCGUGCAAGAAGUUCAUAUCGUGCGCCAGAAUAGAGAGCGGCGCGGUCCUGGGCUGGGAGUACAUCUGUCCUAAGGGGCUGUCCUUCGACCCGGUCGGAGGCAUUUGCAACUGGUCAGCGGGACUGGGGUGCAACGAAAAAGAUAUAUAGACAGUGAUGUGAAAACCCCCUAAAGUUUCGAGUGUUCUAGGUAUAUUUAAAUAAACUUUUUUUUGGUUUGAACCAUUAGAAGUGUCCACGGUUAAAACUUUCUAGUGAUGGUGUUACCAGCGUACCGAGUUCCCCAUAUCAUUAACUUAAGUCUCGGUGUAGCCGAGUAGGUACUAUAAUCUAUAAUAUUAUUUAAUUAUCUAUUAAACUUAUUUAUGUAUGUGAUAUAAACGUUAGAAUUUCAUAAAUUAUUAUACUACAAAAAUAUCUGUUGAACGCUUAAUAUUUCAAA